AUGGCUACAAAUGGCCAGUCAUCUCGCUCCGCCAACGCCGUUCCCUCAUGGAAUCCCGCCGCGCUGCUGCAGCCAAAUCGCAAGACGCCCUCGAGUCCAGAUCUCACCAACCCUGCCCAGAGGCAGUUUUCGCCAUCCCAGAACCUUCAAAGAAAUCUACAGAGACCGCAGGCGAAUAACCCCGUCGUCUUUCAGUUCUCAAGUCCAAAUGAUACCCCGUCUGCCGGCCCAUCUAGUCGAUCAUCCACCCCAGGAAGCAGCUACACGAACGGAACCAAUGGCGCCGGUGCAUUCAUUGAGCGUAUGAAUAACAUUCAGCAUCGUUCGGUAGUUCCGCAGGCCAAGCGACGACGAGUGGAGGACAUAGAAGGUUCUCAUGAGGGCCAAGCUCCUACGGUCCGUGGCGGGAGCGGGAUUUUGGGAGGAUAUGUCCAGGAGAAGCGCAAAGAGGCUAACAGCUCAACUGCCUCGCCAGCCAUGACUGUCGACCUCACCAGUGGAAACGAUGAUGAAGAGGUAGUCAUACAAGACCCUCGCGACGAGGAGGUUUGCUAUGGUAUGAUCAAGGCGGCGCUGAGCUGCAGCCGAGUUCCCUCGCCAAAGCCAGGCUCUGUGCAGAGCCUCUGGGGCCCAGGCUACCAACCCGCUAUCAAGGUCGUACUCAAGAGGCAGGUGGGCGAUACAUCGUUCAAAAUACAAGCAUACGACCACACGCGGCAGAUCAUUGGUCUCGUUGAAGCUGCAAGUGCCCGUGCUGUUGCUCCUCUUCUCGACUCGAAUAUUCAUUUGAGAACAGAAUGUCGGAUCCCGCCACAACCCAAGCAACCCGGUGAGGAACCUGGCCAGCCGACUUCUCGAUCUUACACUCUGGACAUUGUCAUGUACGGGCCCGUCAAGUAUGCUCGCAAUGUGGGCGCGCACCUGAGCAAGUACAACCAGAAGUUGCUAGCUCCCUACCUGGUCCAGAAGGGCAUUCGCGUCCAGAACCCUCACGUUCUCGAAUAUCGUCCCCCGGCCCCGAGAUCAUAUUCUUCCACCAACUCUUCAGCUGAUGGACAAGGGGGUUCCUUCACUAGCACCGUCACUACUCGUACCGUCGAGGAGAUUCGUUCAGAAGUUAUGGGCGUGUUCGACUCCCUCACGCGAAACGACGAUCUGCCAGAAAUGGAACCUUCCUCCAACAUCCUCACACCUCUGCUUAAGCAUCAGAAGCAAGGAUUAUUCUUCAUGUCAACCAGGGAGCAGCCCCGAGACGUGCAGGCGCAGGAAAAGACCAUGGUAUCAUUCUGGCAGGACAAGAUAGGCCCAGCCGGACAAAGGCUGUUCCUCAAUGUCAUCACUGGACAGACCCAAUCCAGGCCGCCAGCAGAAACUCGAGGUGGAAUCCUGGCUGACAUGAUGGGCCUUGGUAAGACGUUGAGUAUCCUCUCACUAAUCACAUCCUCGACCGACAAAGCACUCGAGUGGGAGCAACGAGCUCCGAUCCAGCCAGAAGCUCCGGAGCAAAGGCAAUCGAGGCAUGAUGUUCUCACCCAGCAGCCAAGCCUUGCCUUGACACCUCUGAUGCGAAACUCCAAGGCUACUCUGCUUGUCUGCCCUCUGAGCACUGUUACCAACUGGGAGGAACAGAUCAAGCAGCAUAUUCGGCCUGGUACUCUCAACUACCACAUUUACCACGGGCCUAACCGAAUCAAGGAUCCUGCGAGACUGGCCGGCUUUGACCUUGUCAUUACUACAUAUGGCUCCGUUUCGAACGAGCUCAGCUCUCGCCGGAAGAAGAAGGAUGGCCUCUACCCACUGGAGCAACUUGGGUGGUUUAGAAUUGUGUUGGACGAAGCACAUAUGAUUCGUGAACACUCAACUCUACAAUUCAAGGCGAUUUGUCGACUGCAAGCCGAUAGACGCUGGGCUGUCACCGGAACCCCUGUUCAGAAUCGACUAGACGAUCUGGCAGCCUUGCUCGCUUUCCUCCGCCUCCAUCCUUUCCACGAUCGAAGCAAGUUUCUCCGUUACAUCGUGGAGCCUUUCAAAGCGUGCGACCCCGAAAUUGUGCCCAAGCUACGAGUUCUCGUCGACACGAUCACACUACGCCGACUUAAGGACAAGAUCAACCUGCCUCCUCGAGAGGAUCUUGUGAUAAAGCUUGAUUUCAGCCCCGAGGAGCGCAGCAUCUACGAACUUUUCGCAAGAAACGCCCAGGAUCGAGUCAAGGUGCUGGCCGGAAUUAACAAUGGAAAGGCCCUUGGCGGAAACACGUAUAUCCAUAUUCUAAAGGCCAUCCUGAGACUCCGACUGCUUUGCGCGCACGGCAAAGAUCUGCUCAAUGACGCUGAUCUAGAUGCCCUGCAAGGAAUGUCGGCAGAAAUGGCAAUCGAUAUUGACGAUGACGACGAUGAAGAUGACAAGCCGUCUCUGUCGGACCAGAAGGCGCACGAAAUGUUUACUCUCAUGCAAGAGACCAACAAUGACGCAUGUAUCGAGUGCAGCAGGAAGCUUGGCUCUAACGAGAGUUCCAACAUCGAAGCCGAAGGUCAGGAUGACAUUCUAGGAUACAUGACUCCCUGCUUCCACGUCAUCUGCCGAUCUUGCAUCAAGACAUUCAAGGACCGGGUGAGAUCUCUGAUGGCACCAGGCGAGACGUCUGGAUACUGUCCAGUCUGCAACGCCUACGUCAAGCAUGCAUUCGUGCAGCUUCACCGUAGGGAGGUGGACGCGGAGCAUGAUGGUCCAGCCAAGACCAAGUCACGGAACUCGGUCAAGAAUUUCGACAAGUACGAUGGUCCUCAUACCAAGACACGGGCUCUGGUCGAAGAGCUCUUGCAGGCUAAAGCGGCCAGUGAGGCCAAUCCUUCUGAGCCGCCUUACAAGUCUGUUGUCUUCUCGGGCUGGACCUCGCACCUGGAUCUCAUCGAGCUGGCCCUCAAUGCCGCUGGAAUCAAGUUCACAAGACUGGACGGCAGUAUGAGCCGUACCCUCCGAACAUCGGCCAUGGACAAGUUCCGUGAGGACAACACAGUUCAUGUCAUCCUUGUGUCCAUCAUGGCUGGUGGACUGGGUCUGAACCUGACAGCAGGCAACAACGUGUAUGUGAUGGAGCCUCAGUACAACCCGGCGGCAGAGGCUCAGGCUAUCGACCGAGUCCAUCGACUGGGACAGAAACGACCUGUCCGCACAGUUCGGUACAUCAUGCGCGAUAGUUUCGAGGAGAAGAUGCUGGAGCUUCAGGAGAAGAAGAUGAAGCUUGCCAGCCUCAGUAUGGACGGACAGAGCAAGACGCUGGAUAAGGCCGAGGCGGCCCGGCAAAAGUUGAUGGACCUUCGAAGUCUUUUCAAAUGA